UCCUUUAAGACUAUCUAUAACAACAGUGGCUUGGGAGUCGCCUUUAACUGGUUGACUAGUAUGGUAUAGGCAAAUUGCCUGCCCCUGCUCAGUCCUUGUCCCAUCAGUCAUCUCAUUUCUCUGUGCUUUUCCUUUCAUUAUACACCCAAAUCCCAAUAUCAUCUCCCAUGUCAGGCCUGUGAAACUUCCAAUACAAAUAUAUCUGAAUGCCCAUUUGCCCAAGUCAGGCCUGUGAAACUUCCAAUGCAAUUAUAUCUGAAUGCCCAUUUGACCAGAUCAGGCCUGUGAAACUUGCAAUACAAUUUAUAUCUGAAUGCCCAUUUCCCCAAAUCGGGCCUUGAGAACACCCAGUAUAUUGACUUGCUAACACCCAUUUGCCCAAAAUCGGACCUCUGGAACACCCAUUAUAGAGCACUUCUCUAUACAAUUUCCAAAUUCAGGCCUUUGGAUCACCUAUUAGAUACCACACUAUUGCCCAAAUCAGGGUUUUGAAUAGCAGCAUCAAUUCAUAUAGAAUGGCUCUGAAUCUCAAUGCUUGCAGGAUUGUGUUUGGAUUGAAAGACAAUGGUGGAGAAGUAGUGGGUAUCUGCAACAGCAGGCAAGGAUUGGCUAUAUUGUAUCAACCAUCAAGGCCAUGGAAGCAGGCUCCUAGGAGAUUCAUCAUCAGCAGUCACUUGGGAAGGAAGCAUCAGGCCAACAAUCCUCUGGAGCCCAAUGGAGACCUGUCUCUUGCAGCUGGAAGAGGCUCAGAUUGGCAGACCUCAUGUGCUAUACUAGCAGGGCAAGUGUUAGAGAAUGGGAAGGGCAAUAAUGGUGUGGGGCUUGUACCUGUGGAGAAGCCACCAAAUGGGGAUUUGAAUACCAUAGUAUCUCAAAAUAUAGCAACCAUGCCUAGACCUCUGAGCAUAACAGAUCUAUCCCCCCCUCCAAUGCAUGGAUCCCAACUUCGUGUUGCUUAUCAAGGAGUCCCAGGGGCCUACAGUGAAGCAGCUGCAAGUAAGGCUUAUCCAUGCUGUGAGCCCAUUCCAUGUGAUCAGUUCGAAGUUGCUUUUCAAGCUGUGGAGCUGUGGAUUGCUGAUAGAGCAGUCUUGCCUGUGGAGAACUCUCUAGGUGGGAGCAUACACAGAAACUAUGAUCUGCUUCUCAGGCAUUCACUUCAUAUUGUUGGGGAGGUUCAGUUUCCAGUACAUCACUGCCUGCUUGCAUUGCCUGGUGUGAAGAUAGAGGGAUUGAGGAGGGUCAUGAGCCACCCACAAGCCCUAGCUCAGUGUGAGAAUACCCUAACCAUGAUGGGACUGAAUGUGGCCAGAGAAGCCUUUGAUGACACUGCUGGUGCUGCAGAGUAUGUUGCUGUCAACAAUCUCAGAGAUACUGCUGCCAUUGCAAGCACAAGAGCUGCUGAGAUAUAUGGGAUGAAUAUACUUGCAGAUGGUAUUCAAGAUGACCGUGGCAACGUGACCAGGUUUGUUAUGCUGGCCAGAGAGCCUGUGAUUCCUAGAAAGGACAGGCCUUUCAAGACCAGCAUAGUUUUUGCCCAUGAAGAAGGUACUGGUGUGCUUUUCAAGGUAUUGUCAGCCUUUGCGUUUAGGAACAUUAACUUGACUAAGAUUGAGAGCAGGCCUCAAAGGAGCAAACCUGUUAGGGUUGUGGAUGACCUCAAUGGAGGCACUGCCAAGCACUUUUUUGAGUACAUUUUUUAUGUUGAUUUUGAGGCCUCCAUGGCAGAUCCUAGAGCACAGAAUGCUCUGCAAGAGGUUCAAGAAUUCACAACUUUUCUGAGAGUUUUGGGGAGCUAUCCUAUGGAUAUGUCUCCUCUUAAUGGUAAUGAUCAGUAGAAUUAUUUGUCUGGUUUCUGAGGGUUUGUAGCUUUGUUAUAUAUAUGAAUAUAACAAGAAGUUGGAUUUCUACUGUAUUAGUUGAGAAUUGGAGAUCAAUAAUGGAAAAACAAGGUAUUUGUACAGAGAUUCAAUGAUGAUUUGUAAUUCCAGAGAGCAGUUAACCAUGAAUUCAGUUUAAUUCAUUCCCAUACGUAAGGGAUACUUCAUUGUUCAA